CUUGCUCCGCUGCCUUUGGAAAAUUUCAGUUCCUUUCGUUGGAGACGUUUUCAGAUCUCGGACUCGUAGUCGAAACCCCUCUUUGUCGCUGAACCAGCCGCAGAGAAAUGGCUUUGGAGAAGAUCAAAGUCGCCAAUCCCAUCGUUGAGAUGGAUGGGGACGAAAUGACUCGAGUAUUUUGGAAAUCAAUUAAGGAUAAGCUUAUUUUCCCCUUUCUGGAGUUAGAUAUAAAGUACUAUGACCUUGGACUGCCUUACCGUGAUGCUACUGAUGAUAAAGUUACAAUUGAAAGCGCAGAGGCCACUCUUAAGUAUAAUGUAGCAAUCAAGUGUGCAACUGUAACUCCAGAUGAAGCUCGUGUCAAAGAAUUUAACUUGAAACAGAUGUGGAAGAGUCCAAAUGGGACAAUCAGGAAUAUUUUGAAUGGAACUGUGUUCAGAGAGCCAAUUAUGUGCAAAAACAUCCCCAAGCUUGUCCCAGGUUGGACAAAACCCAUAUGCAUUGGAAGGCAUGCUUUUGGUGAUCAAUACCGGGCAACAGAUACCGUUAUCAAGGGACCUGGAAAACUCAAAUUGGUAUUUGUACCAGAAGGAAAUGGUGAACAGGCAGAAUUUGAGGUUUUCAACUUUAAGGGUGAUGGAGGUGUUGCUCUAUCCAUGUAUAACACUGAUGAGUCUAUCCACGCUUUUGCCGAGGCGUCAAUGAGCACAGCUUACGAGAAAAAAUGGCCCCUUUAUCUUAGUACAAAGAAUACAAUCCUUAAGAAAUACGAUGGAAGGUUUAAGGACAUAUUCCAAGAAGUUUAUGAAGCUCAAUGGAAAUCCAAGUAUGAAGCUGCAGGGAUAUGGUAUGAGCAUAGACUCAUUGAUGAUAUGGUUGCCUACGCACUGAAGAGCGAAGGUGGUUAUGUAUGGGCAUGCAAGAACUAUGACGGGGAUGUGCAGAGUGAUAUGUUAGCUCAAGGUUUUGGAUCUCUUGGAUUAAUGACUUCAGUACUGGUGUGCCCUGAUGGGAAGACCAUUGAAGCUGAAGCGGCCCACGGCACAGUUACACGCCAUUUCCGCGUUCAUCAGAAAGGUGGUGAAACCAGUACAAACAGCAUUGCAUCGAUCUUUGCCUGGUCACGAGGACUUGCACACAGGGCAAAGUUGGAUGACAAUGCUAGAUUGCUAGAUUUCACUGAGAAACUGGAAGCAGCAUGUGUUGGAGCUGUGGAAUCAGGAAAAAUGACCAAGGAUCUGGCUAUUCUAAUCCAUGGACCUAAGGUUACUAGAGACCAGUACCUUAAUACUGAAGAAUUCAUUGAUGCUGUGGCAGAGGGGCUGAAAGCUCGACUCUCUAGCAAAUCGAAGUUGUAAAACCCUACCCACUGACUAGGGCUGAAUAGGGGGUGGAAGAAUGUUAUAUUCCUGAGUUGAGCGGUUGUUGAGAAGAAUAAAGCAGGUCUUAGCUAUGUUAGUGAGAAAUUGAUCUUGUUGUUAGGGAAAUUUUACCUUAUUUGUCAGACACUUUUUUUUUUGGAUUCAGAUGGUUUCAUCUCCCCAUAAAAAUACUUGAAAAAUCCAUUUGUUUCCUGAACCAGAAUCUUAGUUUUUAAAAUAAACAGAAGCUCAUAGUCUCAU